GCUUAGUGGCGGGAGGACGGUGGAACGGGUUGGCGGUCAGCUACUCGGCAGCUGAGGCGGUACGGGCAGGCCGCUGCCCCCCUGCGGCAAGGCCAAUUGUUCGCAGGGUACCCAGCUUCCUCAGUUGGAAGACUGACAGGGAAAGAGAUGCUUCACUGCUAGAUGCCAGACCUGUCUCAAAGAUCUGUGCCAAGCUACAACCACCAUGGUUAAGUACAAGCUUGUUCUCCUAAGACAUGGGGAAGGAGCCUGGAACAAGGAGAAUCGGUUCUGCAGCUGGGUGGACCAGAAGCUGAGCAGUGAUGGGAUAAAGGAAGCUCAGAACUGUGGCAAACACCUUAAAGCCCUGGGCUUUGAGUUUGACCUUGUCUUCACCUCUGUACUCAGGCGUUCCAUCCAGACUGCCUGGCUGAUCCUGGAAGAGAUGGGCCAGGAGUGGGUCCCCAUUCAGAGCUCAUGGCGACUGAAUGAGCGCCACUAUGGUGCACUGAUUGGUCUCAACAGAGCAGAGAUGGCUCUGAAUCAUGGGGAGGAGCAAGUGAAAAUCUGGAGGAGAAGCUAUGAUGUUACCCCACCUCCCAUAACUGAAUCUCAUCCCUACUAUGAAGAGAUCUACAAUGACCGCCGGUAUAAAUGUGGUGAUGUCUCCCAGGAUAAUCUUCCGAAGGCUGAAAGUCUAAAAGAUGUGCUUGAUAGACUCCUUCCCUAUUGGAACGAAAAGAUAGUGCCAGAACUCAAAAGUGGCAAAAUGGUCCUUAUAUCAGCCCAUGGCAACAGCAGCAGGGCACUGCUCAAGCAUGUGGAAGGCAUCUCUGAUGAGGACAUCAUCAAUGUUACUCUCCCCACUGGUGUGCCCAUACUUCUUGAACUUGAUGAGAAUCUGCGCCCUCUGGGCCCUCACCAGUUUCUUGGUGAUCAGGAAGCUAUCCAGGCUGCCAUCAAAAAAGUGGAAGAUCAAGGGAAAGUAAAAUCUACUGAGAAGUAAAGGCCUACUGAUGAACACAGUUUUCAAAAUGUAUGGUAGUAAGUGAUGACGUCUGUAUGACUGCUAGGUUGCACUAUGUGAAAGUCUCAAUUUCAGGCACUAAAUAAUUGGAAGGGACAAUUGAGUCUCAGGUUGGCAAAUGAACUGUCUGCCUUUCAGAAACUGGAAUUGAAAUCUCACCAUGAGGUUAUGGAUACUGAAAAAAGAAAUCAAGAGAUCAUUUGGGUAAUGGCAACUCCUGGGGCAGUCUGCCCUAGAACUAGCAUUGAGGAAGGCUCAGGACAGAAAAAAGGGAUAUGCUAUUGCCAUCUACCAAUAACUAGAGCUGAUUUGUUAAGGGGAAAAGUGCUGUACAGCACCAGCUUACUGGACUAAUUAAGGCCAGGUUGUUACAGGCACUAAAACUUCUUAAAACUUUUUCACAACAGAAUGGUGUCAAGUAACAGUAACCCAGUAUGAUUCUUUGUCAAUGGCCAUGGCAGUCCUUCAGAACACUUCCAAGUGUACAACUCUUCCCUCUUUCUCUUCCCUCUUUCUUUUGGAGGUCUCCCAAGGCCAGCUCAUGGUCCAGAGGUGAAAUUGGUAAUGGUGUUUGAACUGUUACUGCUACCACAGUUGUCUUACUACACUAUGCUUCAAUUUUUUGAGGAAUCGAGAAGACAUCCCUCUGACCAUCUUUGUAAAGCCUAGCAUGACUGCAUUUUGCUGGUUGCAGUAAUGAGAUUUAACUCAGACUAACUGCAGACUAAGCACAAGUUUUCCUGCUCCAUGUUUAAAUGACAAUUUAGUCUUUAAUGAGCAACCUGAACAGCUUUGAAACAUAAAUAACAUGUACUGGAGAUCUGAUCAGUUUUAGAGUUGUUCAUGUUUACCUCAGUGAAACUUUAUGUAUGAAACCCCUCUCCAAACCUUUCUGAGUUGCAAGGAACAGAUAAAUCUGUCCCAGUGAUACAGCUGUGGCAUUGUUUGUACUGAUUUCUCUGGAGGGCAGGAAGUGAUGGGUAAGAUGUGUAACGUGUGUUACUACUGUGUGCAGCUCAUACACCUAUCAAGCUUAGCAGGGAAGGUUAUGCUGCAGUGCUUGGCAGUAAUUUCUUAGAAAGCUUUCCUUACAGUCAUAGCUGGAUUCCUACAGUGACCUUGCUGCUUUGCUUGGUGCUAGGUGUGAGCAGUUCACUGUUGUUGGGUUUAGUACAGUGUUCAGGCAGGGUAGUUCUGGUUUCACUUGCAAGUGUGAAACUAUUGUUACUUAUAUUUAGGUCUGACUCAAUGUCUCAACAUUUGAGCAUCUGAAUUCUGAUCUCAAUCUCAGUUACCAGCAUGGGUGGCACUUGUAUAUGCAGUAUGAGCUGAAUGCGUUCUCAGCAUGGCUCAGCUACAAAUCCAAGAAGCUGAUGAGAAUUUCUUUGGUAUGAUGGU